AAGCCAAUAUUAAGAAAUUAACAAAAUGGCGCAUGCACGCAGCAACGAUGUGCAACGUCUUCAUGUCGACAGGCGUCUGCACAAGCUGGGACGCACAUACAGACAUUCAUUUCCUAAAUUCAGUCAUCCGGAAUGCAUUGGGUUCUUCAGCAUCAACUCUCAACAGGAGUUUGAGGACAAUUCGAGCGGUGCCAGCUACCUGUGGAUGCCACCAAAAGAAUCCUUUCCACUGGACCUAAAGGCCGGAUAUGAGCGGGUCAUACGCAAGAUAGAAAAAACGGGAAUUGACGAUUUGGCAAACCUUUUGAAGUACAUUUACAAUCAUCAGCAGCUGUUGACUCCGACCGAGUCAAAAUCGCUCGCUUUGCGCGCAGACUUUGUCGCCUGUCGCGGCGUGCUGCGGCUGCUCAUGUGUAUGCCGUACGAGACGCGGGACGAUUUUUGCGUGAGGGCCACCAGGCUUAAUGGUACCAUUUAUAUUGCCAAAAUUCAGACCGAUCAGCAACGGGAGGAAAAGGUUUCAAUGACUGAGCACUCCGCAGCAAUGUGCUCUUGGGGCUUCAAAUUCGAGCAGUACAUGUCGUCGCCAGUUCCCAAUACUCCGCCCGACACAAGUCUCCCAGUGAAUGAGGCCGUAGAGUUCAACGCAAUGUUUCGCUGUUCGUUGCAGGGCAUGCGUUUGCUCUAUGGAGCCGAAAUGGAUGGCAUCGUCAGCAGGAAUCCUGUUAACUUCAAUGAUCCUGAAGCCCUCAAGAACCUGCAGUUUGUGGAGUUCAAGACGGGUGCUUUCGAGGCAGAGGCCAGGCAGCAGCGCUCAUUCAAUUUUUGCAAGUCUCGUACCUGGUGGGGUCAGUCAUUUCUAGUCGGCGUCAAAACCAUUAUGGUUGGAUUGCGCGAUGGGGACGGUAUAUGCCAUGACAUUGUGCGGCACGAUGUGGCAGAGUUGGCCCGCAACAAGCCCUGGAGUCCAACGGCCAUGUUCAAAUUCCUAGAGCAGUUUCUCAAGGAGCUGAAAAAACUCCUCGAGGCUAUAAAUGAUCCACAGACAGUGGUCGAACUUGAAUUCCUUCCCCACUCUGAUAGCGUGUACUAUCGAGUGCUCACUUCGCCGGAAGAUCAAAUAAUACCCGAGUGGUAUCGUACUCUGAUGAAGGGUGGAGCCUAAACGCCCAAUCACAAAUAAAACGAAACUCUGCCAAAAUGGCAUGUAAAACCAAAUAAGUACAAGUAGUUUAUAAUACAAAAUACUCUAGAAGAGCAUCUCCCCAAUGAAUGGGCAGUUUUAUAGUUUUGAACUGAAUGAAAUUACUUUUUUUUACAUUUGUAAUAUUUUUACAAGAAACAGACCUUUUGCAAAGAGAAUGCAAUUCACUAAUUUAUGAUUUUAGAACCCAAUAAGAAAAACAUCCAACACUUAAAUAAUAUAUAUGUACCUAAACUCUUCGAGUAUCGGGCAUACAAAUGUAAGUACUUACACUUUCAUUAUAAGAACCUUCAAAUACUCACUGAUUUCAACUACAACUACGACAAAAAAGUUGAUUUAAGACAAUAAAGGAAACUAGCUAAA